CACGUCAACACACUAUAGAAAUAUUCGUAUAGUCAAAUAUAAUCUAUUAAUACAAAUCCAAUACGCUAUAUCAAAACAUCUCAUUUGAACUCAGGUGGCCAUAUCAAAAUGACAGACCCAAAAGAACAACUGAACUUAGAGUUUAAAGAAGCAUUUUUAAUGGUUGAUAAAACUGAUACGGGAAUUAUACCAAAAACAGAACUAGGAAAAUGUGUCCGAGCCUUAGGACUGAAUCCUCCAGAAAUAGAAAUCUCAGCAAUUCAAGCAACAGUUGAUCCCGAAGGUAAUGAAACAAUAGACUACGAGACGUUUCUAUCAUAUGUUGAGACAAAGUCUAAAGAAGUUCACCCAGACGAUGAACUACGAGAAGCUUUACGUGUUUUUGAUAGAGAUGACAAUGGAUACAUAAGUGCAGAGGAGUUAAAACGAAUGAUGAUAACAUCCGGUGAAAGUUUAACGGAAGAGGAAGCAGAUGAGAUGAUGAAAUUGGCAGACAAGGAAGGAAAUGGACGAGUAAACUAUGAUGACUUCGUAAAUAUGAUGCUAUCCGUUUGAUGACUACAGCACAGUGUUAUUCUAUUUACAAACAUUUAUGCUGCCAAGUGUCCAGAACUGCAUGAACAGUAAAUGAUUAUAGCAUUUAAAAUCAACAUGAACUUUAUGUCAGACAUCAUUUAUAUUUACCGAAUGUUAUAUUCAAGGUUGAACAGACCAAUAAAACUUCUACA